AUGACACUGCCCAGGAAAUCAACUUUGAGGAAGGGCUCCCUCCAUCAUAAAACUCUUUUACGACGUAGAAGUAAUAUUCUUGGAUCGGCUGAAUUGAUUCAGACCUUUAACGACGAUUUCGAAGUGACCCAAGUUGACCAGGUGGCGAUUAGAAUAGAGCGACUUGAUGAGCUCUGGGAAAAGUUUGAGGUUGUCCAAGAUGAAAUCGAAGUAAUUGAGGAUGAGGAACAAGAAUUCUCGGAAACUCGCCAACGAUUUCAAAAUCAUUACUUUGAACUGAAGGCAGCUCUAGUUAGGAAACUUCCCCAACGUGAUCCCACACCAACCGUUAGACAGCCCUCGUUUUUACCCCCUGCUCCUCAAACCAUGUCCGUUAAACUUCCUGAAUUGAAGAUACCGGAAUUCCGCGGUCAUCCGGAAGAGUGGAUAGAGUUCUACGAUUUGUUCAAAUCCGUAAUUCAUUGUAACACCCAACUCUCGAACGUUCAAAAACUCCAUUACUUGCGUGGUUCGCUCAAGGGUGAAGCUUCUCGCUUGAUUUCAUCCUUUUCGAUUACUGGAGACAACUACUUGAUAGCUUGGAAGACGGUAUGCGACCGUUAUGAGAACACGAAUUUUCUUAUCAAACAGCACAUGUCUGCCAUCUUGAAAAUUAAUUCCAUAAAGAAGGAGUCUUCAUCGGCAUUGGCUGAGUUAGCUGAUGAGUUCAAUCGUCAUGUCGGAAUUCUCAAUAAGCUCGAGGAAGGAAAUGCUCAUUGGAACUCCUUCCUAGUGGAACGUCUAAGUAGUCUGUUAGAUGAGAAAUCACUGAUGGCUUGGGAGAGUCAGUGUAAGGAGGAAGAAAAACCGAAAUAUGAAGAUCUCCUCGAUUUUAUGCAUAAAAGAUCUCGCACACUACAGAAAUGUAAAUCUACAUGUAUUCCAUCCAGUAGUGUGUCUGUAAAAUCUUAUAGAGGAAAACCUUCCUCCUCCCACGUGGCCUCUGAAAAAGUAAAUAAGUGUUUGAGUUGCAAACAAGUACAUCCUUUGAUCCAGUGUGAGACGUUUCUGAUGUUAUCACCUAACAAUCGGCUUGAUUUCGCUAAACGACACCGACUAUGUAUCAAUUGCUUACGGAGCGGACACAUCGCAAAGGAUUGUAGGAGCAGUAUGUGCAGAACAUGUGGAAAAAGACAUCAUAGCCUGCUCCAUCUUCCACCGUUGAUGUCAGCAUCGUCAGUAGUUGAUGCGACGGAUGUUGAACAAUCACCCAGCACGUCCCAAGCGUGCACCGUUAUUUUUGCUGCAUUGUCGACCAAAUCUCGAGCAGGAAUUUCGUACUCGGUCGCGCAAGCACCACCGGAGGUGUUGUCACGUUCGGUACCCCAGGCAAUCGCGUCGAUAUCUGAAACCAAUCCGUCGUCUGUCGUUACUGCUGACCCCCCUUCUUCGUCGUCGGUAGGUUCGUUCGGUAAUCUCGAGAAUGAACAUCUUCCAUAUUGCCCUCAGGAACAUGCCACCUCUUUUACACAAUCAUGCAAUGGACGUGAAAUCACAGUAUUUUUAUCAACAGCCGUCAUUCGUGUGCGCGAUGUGAAUAACUGCUAUCACUUUGCGCGGGCUCUUUUGGACAGUGGUUCACAGUCCAACUUCAUUUCUGAAACACUUUGUCAGAAGUUGAAUCUAAAGCGAACCCGUAUCAAUCUUCCUGUCAGUGGGAUCGGACAAGCAACUGUGAGCGUCCAUUUCAAAGUUAAUGUUAUGCUUGCAUCACGUUUUGGGGGAUUCGAAGAGCAACUGCCAUGUUUGGUAUUGCCGAAACUUACCGUUAACCUCCCCAGUCGUAGUGUCGAUAUUUCUCGGUGGAAUGUCCCUCGUAACUUGCCGUUAGCUGAUCCGAGAUUCAAUAUUUGUCAUGGGAUCGACCUGAUUAUAGGGGCGGAACUAUUUUACACUCUUCUCGAGUCGCAACAAAUAACGCUAACUGAUCAAUGUCCUAUUCUACAGAAAACCGUAUUUGGAUACGUUAUCUCUGGAAAGGCUGCAAUCCAGAAGGACGAAACGGUUGUGUGCCACGUGACCACCGAUCAAGAUCUCAACUCCCAACUCGAACGUAUGUGGGAGGUUGAGGAUUUCGACGAGGGAAAGACGCUAACCCAAGAAGAGCAGUACGUCGAAGAUCACUUCCAACGCACUGUGACGCGAGAUGAAACUGGACGGUAUACGGUGCGGCUACCGCUGAGGGAAUCUCUAAUUUCACUUCUUGGCGAUUCCUACAGGUCAGCUGUAAACAGAUUCUCGAUGAUGGAAAAACGUUUUGCUGUGGACAAUACGCUCCGGGAAGAAUAUACGAAAUUUAUGGAGGAGUACAUACAGAUGGGGCAUAUGGAGGAAUGUUCUCUUGUCGCGGGCCCGCAGUUCUGUCUCCCUCAUCAUGCUAUCCGUCGGCCUGAUAGCACAACGACGAAAACGAGGGUCGUUUUUGAUGCUAGCAGUAAAUCUCACGGUCAACUCUCACUGAACGAAAUCCUGUUUACUAGACCCACUGUUCAGCCAACCUUACUUGCAACGGUCGUCAACUUUCGGAUCCCACGGUACGUGUUCUCAGCUGAUGCCGAGAAAAUGUUCAGGCAAGUGUGGACGCACCCAGACGAUCGAAAAUUUUUGAAGGUCGUUUGGAGGUCGAGCUCUACGCUGCCACUGAAGCUGUACCAAUUGAAGACCGUAACAUAUGGACUCGCAUGUUCACCAUACCAAGCAGCACGUGUAUUGAACAAGCUCGCUGAGGACGAAGGAGAUCGAUAUCCACUUGCUGCAUUCGUAGUCACGAAACGAUUUUACGUCGACGACGUCCUGGCAGGAGGAGAUAAUAUCGAAGAAGUUGCUGAGACCUGUCGUCAAUUACAGGAUCUUCUUGCUCAAGGAGGAUUCACUCUUCGAAAAUGGUGUGCCAAUGAUCCGAGUGUGUUGCAGCACAUUCCCCAAGAAUUUUGGGGGACUUCUCCCCAGUUGGAAAUUGGUCGCAGUACGAUCACGAAAGCCCUUGGAUUAUUGUGGAAUCCGAGAACCGAUCGAUUUGGAUUCCAGGUGCCUUCUCUACAGAAGCUCGAUGUUAUCACCAAGCGUACUGUAGUGUCCGAAAUGUCGAGGUUGUUCGACCCUCUUGGCCUUUUGGGGCCAGUCGUAAUCAGUGCCAGAAUAUUCGUGCAAGGAUUGUGGGCGAAACGGCUGGAUUGGGAUGAACAAUUACCAGCGCAUGAAAAUCGGUGGUGGCAAGCUUUCCGUGAUGAAUUGGAACAACUAAAACAGAUCACCGUACCAAGGUGCGUGUUUCCUGAGAACCGUCGAGAGUAUAAAUUGCACUGCUUUUGUGAUGCAUCAUCGAGAGGUUAUGGAUGCUGUGUGUAUGUCGUCGGAUCGGAUGCCGAAGAAAACCGGCUCCUGAUAGCGAAGUCGAGAGUUGCUCCUCUUCGCGGUUUAUCCAUACCCAGGCUGGAGUUGUGUGCUGCAGUAUUGGGUAGCCAAUUGGUGUACAAUCUGAUAACGAAUACAGACUUUUCGAACUCAGUAGUUUUUUGGACAGACAGCACAGUUGUUCUCCACUGGAUUCGUUCACCACCACACGAAUGGAAAGUGUUUGUAUCGAAUCGUAUAGCAGAGAUUCAGCGCCUUACCAGAGGUGCUACGUGGAAUUACGUCUCUUCUGAGCUCAAUCCAGCGGAUCGCAUAUCCAGAGGUACUCAACCAAGUAAAAUUAUUAAUGAUUCUUUGUGGUGGCAUGGGCCACCAUUCCUCACACAACCUGCAGAUACAUGGCCAACAAUCCCACCAUUAAUCUCUUCUUCCAGCGACAUCGAGCAGGAGAAACGUCCAAUUGUCGUGUUAGCAGCAGUGGAAAUUGAUGAUUCCAUCUUCGAGCGAUUUUCGGAGUUCAACUUAAACGAAACAAACUCGACACAUCUCACCCAAUUGAAUUUGAUACCAAAUCACCUCUAA